AUGAGCUUUGCUGAGCUCUUGGAACGUGUUGGUGGCAUGGGACGCUUCCAGAUUGCCUUUGUGGUGCUCUUGGCCCUCCCUGUGUUCAUGAUGGCCAGCCACAAUCUACUGCAGAACUUCACAGCAGCCACUCCUGAGCACCACUGCUUGGUUCACCAUGAUGCCAUUCAUGAGAAUCAAAGCCUUACCUAUGAGGAUCUCAUCAAAGUCUCCAUCCCCAUUGAUAAAAAGCAACAGCGGGAGGAAUGUCUCCGUUUUGUCAACCUCCAGUGGUGGCUCUUGAACCCUAACACCACCAACAUGAACAGGACUGAGAUGGAAACAGAGCUGUGCAGUGAUGGAUGGAUGUACAACCGAAGCAUCUUCCCCAACACCAUUGUCACAGAGUGGAACCUGGUUUGUGCCUCCAGAACGUUGAAGCAGAUGGCUCAGUCAUUGUACAUGGCCGGAAUACUGCUGGGAGGCAUUGUGUUUGGAGGCCUCUCGGACAGGUUUGGGCGCCGGUCACUUAUCAUCUGGUGUUACCUCCAGAUGGCUGUCAUGGGUUCAGCCACAGCCUUCGCUCCCAGUUUCAGCUUCUACUGUGCUUUCCGCUUUCUGACGGGAAUGGCCUUCUCAGGAAUCGUCAUGAAUGGUGUCUCCCUGUCUGUGGAAUGGACACCCACAAAGACGCGAGCAAUUGUGGGCACGUUGUAUGGCUAUGCCUACACCACUGGACAGUUCAUCUUGGCAGGCGUGGCGUACCUGAUCCAGGACUGGCGCUGGCUUCAGCUCACUGUCUCUCUGCCUUAUUUCAUCUUCUUUUUCUACUCCUGGUGGUUUGCUGAAUCUGCCCGCUGGCUGGUGAUGGUUGGGAAGCAGGACCAGGCUGUAAAGGAGCUCAAGAGGGUGGCCAGGAUCAAUAGAAAGAAGGAAGCUGGUGACAAGCUAAACAUUGAGACCUUGAGGUCCAAUAUGAAGGAAGAAAUAGCCACAGUGAAAUCUAACUACACAAUCACUGACUUGGUGCGGACACCCACCAUGCGCCGGAUUUCUUGCUGCCUCUGUUUUGUGUGGUUCUCUACCAGUUUUGCCUAUUACGGGCUGGUCAUGGACCUGCAGAACUUUGGUGUGAGCAUCUACUUGGUCCAGAUGAUUUUUGGAGCUGUUGACUUCCCGGCCAAGACCAUCUCAGUACUCACAAUCAGUUUCAUUGGGCGCCGGUUCACACAGGCUGUGGCACUCAUCCUCGCUGGGAUAGCUAUCCUAGCUAACAUCUUCAUUCCGCAAGAUAUGCAAAUCCUCCGCACUGCCUUUGCAGUCUUCGGGAAGGGAUGCUUGGCUGCCUCAUUCAACUGUGUCUAUUUAUACACUGGAGAACUUUAUCCAACAGUGCUCAGGCAGACUGGUAUGGGUCUGAGUAACACCAUGGCCCGCUUGGGUGGCAUGAUAGCCCCAGUGGUGAAGAUGACGGGCGAGUAUGUUCCCUUCCUGCCCCUGGUGAUCUACGGGGUUGCUCCCAUCGUGUCUGGCAUAGCUGCUGCUUUCUUGCCGGAAACCCUCAAUGUCCCACUGCCGGAAACUAUAGAACAAGUUGAGAUCCAGUGA